AUGACUUAUGGAAGAAAUGACAGGAGGUGCAAAAUGCUGUCAACACUAGUUUCAGGGAUAGAGUGUUUCUGUAACCAUUCUGAAAGACUGCAGACAAUUCUUGAAGGAACAAAACGAUGUUUUGAUGAUAUCAAUACAAGGGGCAAAAACGAAACUGGUCCACUUGUGUCGCUCGAGGUACUUCAUGAAGCGGUAGAAGAAAUCCUGUCAUCUGCUGACAAACUUCCUGGCAUUGUUGUUCUUGGACAAAAUGAAUAUUGCAAGUCACAAAUGGUGAAUGAAUUAUUUCAAAGAACUAUAUUCCCAACAUUUUAUCCGAAUGAUAUUGAAAGAAGAUACCGAACAGUGAGAUUUAAGUAUGGAGAAAAUCUCUGCAUCAAUCUUGAACUGCCUGAUGAAUAUUCUCUUGCCGAGAACUUAGAAGCAUACAAAAGUCCCUGGAAUACAAUUCCACGCAAAGAUCUUGAGAUCUCUGAGAAUGAAGAGCCUGAUUCAGCAGUAGGAACUGCAGUUUUGGAGGUUUCAUUUAAUCACCAGUUGUUGAGAUGUGGGUGUACAUUAGUGGUGGCUGCAUCAAAUGUGCUCUUUGAGGAGGAACUCAAGCGCUGCAUGGAAAACAUAUCACCAAUACUUAUCUAUGCAUUUCAUACAGAAUCUUUCACCACCAAGGAGAUUCAAGACUUAGAACUGCUGAAGGAGAUUACCAAUUUUCAGCCAGUUUGUUUUGUACGUGUCCCUGAUCCAGAAACGAUGCCACAGACUGUAGAAGGAGAUCCAUUAUACUGUGGUGUUGUUCACAGUCCAACACUUCAGACAGGGAAGCGGUCUUCACAGAGUUGUGAACACAACAAUAAUACAAUAACUGAGAAUGUGCUAAAAAAUGGCGAGAGCACCAAAAGUAAUUUGUGUGCUGAUACAAAUGUUCAAAGUGGUAAUCAACAAAGCAGUGAAACAAAACAUGCGUUAGAUAAUUUCACGAAAUGUGCAAAAUGUGAUAAAGACAAAAUAAAUGCAUUUUAUUUAUCCACAUCUUCUGGUGAGCCAGAGUCCUCUUUACCUACAGUUUCAUCCCCUAGUGACAGAAUGGGUAAAGCUUUUGUCACGACAGUACCACCAAAUAACUGUCACACAAUAUUCACCGAACUUUGUAAUGUUGGAUAUCUUACAGAAACACCAGGUGUUAGAAAAUUCAGUCAAAAAAAGGUGGAAGAUUAUUUUCAAGUUGAUAGUAUAUUAGUUACAGACUUGCACCAGUUUCAACAGUCUUUCACAACAUUUUCGGAACAAACAAUGCAGCGUUACUUAGUAAAUGCUGUGACUGUUUUAAACAAUACUCAUAAACGAUGUCUCGAUACAUUCAUAAUCUGUGCCUUUGACAUGACAAGAGAAGUCCUUAUUACACCAAAGAAGAUCCAGUUUGCCCGUGACAAAGAAAAAGAAUUGUUUAAAUCAUUAAUGAAAAUCACAAUUGAAAAAGGUGACGAGAUUAAAGAAAUGAUUGAAUGUACAAUUGCAGACAGGAAAGCUCAUCUUAUUCAAAAAGCACACGAUUAUGACUUUGUUGGUGUUGAAUUUAGUGAGACAGGAGAAGUCUUGACCCAUAAAGGACUGAAAAUCUGUACAGGGCAGAUCCAAGAGCUUGUGCUAGGUGGACUGACCCAGGCAGUAGCCAGCAAACUUGUCAAUUCUGUGGAUAUCAUGAGAGAUUCAUACACAGGGACGUUGACAAGAUGUUUAGAAAGUUUAGAGAAGGUAGAAAGAGAAAAUCCUGGUAACUGUACUACAGAGGCCCUGAAACAGAUUCUGAAUGCAGCAUACCAAGUUGAGAUUACGGUUCGAUCAAGUUCUAGUAUUAUAAACAUUCUUCUGCAAGGAAUGAAACAGCUAGUUCAAGCCAUGCCAUGGAGCCAUAGUCCCAAGAUUGAUAAUGAAUGGAAGACAAAAGUUGCUGCCGAUAUGUUAGCUAAUCUUAGUGCUGCAAGGUUAGCAAAGAGUAUAUCCUCGCAGAUUAAAGAUCGGCUGAAGAAACCUCAUGAGGCAUUCCUGUCAGCACUCGAGCAGCUUGACACGAAGCAUGUUGGGAGACUGGUUAAGAUUGAGGAGGAAAGACUAAAACUUCAGAAAGUGCAUGCUCCACGCUUGGCAAAGGUAGCGCUUGAGAGUACGUCUCUGAAAGAUCUCAUCCUAUAUGGAAUGCCUCAAAUGGGUAAAGAAAUUAGUCGAGGACAGUAUGGUGUGGUUCACAGCUGUGAUAAGUGGGCAGGUCACUCUCCCUGUGCAAUAAAAUCAGUUGUUCCCCUCGACGACAAACACUUGAAUGAUCUUGCUUUAGAAUUCUUCUAUACAAAGAAUAUACCAGACCAUGACAGGGUGGUUAGGCUACAUGGGUCAAUCAUAGAUUACACAUAUGGAGGGGGAACAACUCCUGCAGUACUGCUGAUCAUGGAUAGGCUACAGCGGGAUCUCCACACAGCAAUUGAACAACGUUUGGACUGGGUUAGUCUAUUACAAGUGUCCAUUGAUGUGGUUGAAGGAAUUAGGUUUUUACACAGCCUGGGUCUUGUUCACAGGGAUAUCAAACUGAAAAAUGUUCUACUUGACACGGAAAACAGGGGUAAAAUUACAGAUCUGGGUUUCUGUAAGCCUGAAGCCAUGAUUAGUGGUAGUAUUGUUGGCACACCACUUCACAUGGCACCAGAAUUAUUCACUGGUCAGUACGACAGUAGUGUUGAUGUGUAUGCAUUUGGCAUAUUGUUCUGGCAUGUGUGUGCCGGUAAUGUUAGAAAACCACAGAACUUUGAGCAAUUUGCAAACAAGGACCAGCUUUCUGCUAAAUUGAAAAAAGGUUUACGUCCAGAAUAUCUACCUGUGUUUGACGAUGAAUGCUGGGAGUUGAUGUCCAAGUGCUGGGAGAACAAGCCAUUGGAGCGUCCUGUUCUGGGAGAUGUUCAGCAAAGGCUAAUUAAAAUUUAUGAACGAUAUCGCAACAAACCUGGUGGUCCAAAAACAGCCAAAGAUUCUUGAGUGCUCAACAAUAUCGAACAAACUCAAUAUAAAACCUGGUGCAUGGAUAAAAAUUGUACUGUAUAAGCUACCUCUAUUUAUUAUUGAUGUGUACAGAGAACAGAAGUUUACAGGUUGACAUGGUGAAAACAAUUUUUUACCGAACAUGUGUUGCUUAAAGCUCUGCUUGAUUCUUUACAUAGUGUGAAAUUUUCAAGCAUGACUUAAUCAUAUAUAGCAUGUGAAGUUGUGAACCUUAAGUGUUCUGUUUGGGAUUUCUCUCAGCUAUACCAGACUUAUGGUCCUUGACUUAGUGAAAAAUACAUGUAAAGUGCUUAAAAGUUUGUGUUGCAUAUGUCUUAAAUAUAUUUGAUCUAGAGUCAUGAAAUCAUGUAGAAAUAUUAUUCAGAAUGAAUUUGUGCACCUAAGUAUAUUUUUAUUUCACUCUGCAGUACCAGAGUUAUGGCCCUUGACUUAGUCAAAACUAUACAUUAAGGGCAUAGAAGUUUAUGGCCCAUGCUUUCAAAAAGUGUUUGACCUGGAGUCAUAAAAUUAGAGGAUUGUUAUAUAGCAUGUGAAGUUUUGCACCUGGUGUUUUUUUGGGGGAUUUCACAACCAUAUCAGAGUUAUGGUCCUAUGGACACACAUUUAGUUUUAAGAUCAUUUGACAGUCUGUUGAUGAAGUGCAUUCUAUUUGUGUACUUUACCAGAUAAGUAAAAGGUAAACAUAGUAUUUAGAUGCUUGCUUGAACUGGUAUGAAUGCUGUAGUUAUGUGAAAAAUGGUACGAAUAGCUUCCUCACUUGGUGCUAAGCAUUUAAAGGGUAUAGUUCAGUCCGGUGUCAGUGUAAUGUGACUGGUUGGAAUAUCGUGUCACGUGUCUAUUGCAUGCUAUUUUAGUGAUGCAACACUAUAAAAUUUGGCAUUGUGCUCACUGCUUCUAGUCGACACAGUUGUUAUAUCUCCCACCACACAGUGGUGUGGGAGACAUACUGAUUUACUCCUGUUUGUGUGUGUGUCUGUCUGUGUGUGUGUCUGUCUGUCUGUCUGUCACAAAGCUUGUCCGCACUCUAAGUCAAACAUUUCUCAUCGGAUCUUCACCAAACUUGAACAGAAUGUGUUUGACCAUAAGACCUCGGCCAGGUUAGAUAACUAGCCAAAUCCGCUAAGGCACUUUUGAAUUAUGGCCCUUGAAUUACUGAUCCAUUUUUCAAGACCAUCCCGAGAAACUAGUCAUUUUUCAUAGGGCAGUUGUGGGAGACAUGCGCUUUUCUCAAAAGCAUCUCUAGUUAUAUUACUGAAAGUGUUGAAAAAAAUGCUAAACCUGCACACAAAUACACACACGUAUUUAUUUUGUGUUUUUUAUGUAAAAAUACCUUUUUACCUUAUUUAAGUAAAAAAAAAAAAAGGCUUUGGUG